AUGGUCAAACGCUGUGUGAUAUGUGGAAUCGUUGAUGCUAUUGUUGGAGUUUCAGUACACAACUUGCCAACGGACGUCGUACGUCAACGUUUGUGGGUUCAAUUCAUCGAGAACCAGGGGUUUCAAGUCAACCGAACAUCUAAGCUAUGUUCAAGGCAUUUCAUUCCUCACGUUGACUUCGCACCAGGAAACCUCUUACGCCGCCAUCUGACCAAAACAGCAGUUCCGUCAAUAGUGGUCGGAGCACAACCAGUACCUGACCGUGAACUACCAGUUCACGCAGAAAUUGACAAUGCCGAUGCAAGAGGCUGCGCAGAAAUGGUCGAGGUACAGAUGGAAGAUAUCGAAGAGGAAGUCAUCCAGAUGGACCAAGUCCUGAUGAACGACGAUAACGCAGAAAUGGUCGAGGUGGAGUACGUCGCAGUACAGAUGGAAGAUAUCGACGAAGAAAUAGACCAGAUGGACCAAGUCAUGAUGAACGACGAUAACGUAGAAUUUAUCGAAGUUCGAAUGGACGAAGUCCUAAUGGACGUUGACGAGGUAGUACCAGGAGAGAUGGUGGACAACAAUGAGGGGAUGCAACUUGAAAUCGAAAUGUUACACCAAGGCGUCGAUGAAGAGGUCAGUGAAUAUUUCUUCAUAUUACUUAUAUCUAUGUUUGUUAAAAUUUUAUAA